AUGGUCAAUCGACAGGCAUUCAAAUCUACCAUGUCAAAGAUUUGGAGACCAGAAGGCUGGAUCCAGUUUAAGGACGUGGGAGUCAACAGGAUGCUGGUGGAGUUCCAAUAUGAUCGUGAUAAAGAAAAAGUUCUGGCGGGACGUCCAUGGUCCUUUGAUAGAGCAUUGAUUUGCUUACAAGAGGUAGAUGGAGAAGUCCCUCUGAAGGACAUAAAGUUCGAGAGAGAGCUGUUCUGGGUGCAAGCCCACAACAUGCCAUUGGCAUGCAUGUCAAAAGAAAUUGGUCUGAUGCUGUUCUCGGGGAUGGAAAGGGUCCUUGCGGUGGAAACAGAUGACGGGGGAUGCGGAUGGGGCAGUAUCUUAAGGGCCAAGGUGGAGGUGGACAUCACCAAACCACUGAUCCGAGGAAGAUUAUUAACAGUUGAUAGGUCUCAGAAAUGGAUCCCAUUCAAGUAUGAAAGACUCCCUUCUUUCUGCUUUGAAUGUGGUUCCAUAUUACAUUCAAAGCAGUGUGCUGGUUCUACGCGUUACAACAAGUUGGAAGCAAACAAUCAGUAUGGCCCUUGGCUCAGGGCUAACCCUUUGAAGGGUUAUGAUGCGGAUACUCAUCGGUAUGGUGGUACCAAGAACCAUCAAGCCCAACACAGCCAGGAGGCGGGAAACUCAGAGGCAAGGGCAACAAUGGAAACUCAGGAAGCUAGGCACUAUGCCAGAGAUGAAGGGACCAGGUCAUGGGAGGAAAAAAGUAGAGUUGAGGAGCAGAAAGGACACUGGGUGACAGUGGUCCAAAAUGAUCACAAACACACUUCCCCUUUCCCUGGUCCGAUGGAGACUUGUAAAAUGUCUUUACCAAAGCAGGAAUGUGUCAGUCUAGAGGAUGAGGCGCUGGGUAAUGUUGAGUCUAAUCAAGCUACAAAGUCAAUCCCAAAGCUAGACAUCAACACCAAGUUGGACCUGGCUUCUCCAGGGAGCUCCCUGGCUGGUCAUAUCAGUUCGAUGGAUAGCUUUUUCAACCAGCAAAUCCAGGAAUUGUCUAAAGUAGCCCGGAAACCCUCUUGGAAACAUAGAGCUCGAGGUAAAUCCCCCCAAGUUACCCUUCUCUCUUCCCCUGGAGGCAAGGUCCAUAGUGGCACCAAAAGGCAAGUUGAACCUGAGCUUUUAUCUGUGUCGAAUGGAAACCCAAGCAAAAAACACAAAAACAUGGAUGCAUGUGUCGAGGGUAAACCUGACAAGUUGGUGGUGGCUGCUUGGCAGCCACCACCAACAACCAUGAUUUGCAUAAGCUGGAACUGCCGAGGGCUUGGGAACCCUCGGACAGUUAACAUCCUUAAUCUUCUAAUUAAGGACAAGUCCCCCAACAUGUUGUUUUUUAUGGAAACUAAAUGUUCUAAAAAUAGAAUUGAAGAACUUAGUAAAAUUUUGCAUUUUGACUCCUGCAUGGCAGUGGAUAGUAGAGGCAGUAGUGGAGGGCUGGCCUUGAUGUGGAAGAGGACCUUGGACAUCUCGAUCUAUAACUACUCAAGAUGGCACAUAAGUGCCUAUGUCAAAGAGGGUUGUGACCGUAAUCCAUGGCUGCUAACUGGUUUUUAUGGCCAUCCUGAAACUGCUAAAAGGGAUAUGAGCUGGGAUCUUUUGAAACUUAUCAAACUUGAGAAUCAAGUGGCUUGGUUAUGCUGCGGUGAUUUUAAUGAAAUAACCUGCCUAAAUGAAAAAUCUGGAGGUGGUACAAGACCUUACAGACAGAUGGAAAAAUUUAGAGAGGUCAUAAUGGAAUGCUCCUUGAAACAGUUUCUGACCCGAGGCUCAAAAUUUACCUGGUCCAAUAAUAGAAGAGGUAGAGAUUUUACAAAAGAAAAACUUGAUAGAGGAUUGGCUAAUCCUUCUUGGCUCAAUAGGUUUAAUGAUUCAUGCUGCCAAGUCCUCCCUGCAAUGAACUCUGACCACUCCCCACUUCUCAUUCGAGUAAGCACAAAAGAGGUUAUAAACCAAGGAAAGCCUUUCCUUUUCAGAUUUGAAGCUGCUUGGAAUCUGAAGGCUGAAUGCUCAAAUAUAAUCAAGAGGGCUUGGAACGAGAUGGCAAUGGGAAGUGAAGGUGCUGUAGGUAUGAAUAGAAGACUUAAGAAGUGUAGUCUUGCUUUAAAGAAGUGGAAUGUUUCUGAUAACAUGAGAACCCCAAAAGCUAUUACAGCCAAAAUGAAAAGAUUAGAGGAAAUGCAGGAUUCAAACCAAGGAAACCAAGUGGAGGCAAUCCAACAGUUGCAAAAGGAAUUAGAAACUGCUCUUGUAGAAGAUGAUCUCAAAUGGAAACAGAGGGCCAAGCAACACUGGUUACAAAAUGGGGAUAAAAACACAAAAUUCUUCCACCUCCAUGCCACCCAAAGAAGGAAAACUAACAAGAUCUCCCAAGUGUUAGAUCAUAAUAACUGUGUUAUUACUGAAAAGGAAGAGAUUGGGAAUGUCUUUACAAGUUUCUUCUCGGAUCUGUUUACCAGCUCAAACCCUUACAACAUAGAAGGGUGCCUCGAGGAUGUGUCUCCAAAAGUCUCACCUGUGAUGAAUGAAUUGCUUCUACAGAAGUUCACAGAAGAAGAGGUCAAGGUAGCUGUAUUUCAAAUGAAGGGUAUGGGUUCCCCAGGCCCUGAUGGCUUUCCAGCCUUAUUCUACCAAUCCCAUUGGGACAUUCUUGGAAAGGAAGUAUGCAGGUUUGCACUGAACAUAUUAAAUAGUGGAGGCUCGUUGGAGGGGGUUAAUGAGACAUUCAUCACCCUCAUUCCUAAGGUUAAAGAGCCAAAGAGAGUCCAUGAUUAUAGACCUAUAAGCUUAUGCAAUGUCAUUUAUAAAAUUGUUGCUAAAAUGGUCUCCAACAGAAUGAAGCUUGUUUUACCUGACAUAAUUUCAUUGAAUCAAAGUGCCUUUGUGCCAGGUAGAGCAAUCUCUAACAACAUAGUGGUGGCCUAUGAAACCCUUCACACCAUGGCUACUAGAAUGAAGAGUAAAUCUGGCUUCAUGGCUCUCAAACUAGAUAUUAGCAAAGCCUACGAUCGAGUGGAGUGGAAGUUCCUCUCUUCUGUCAUGAGCAGAUUGGGUUUUGAUCAGGCAUGGAUUUCUAUCGUACUGAACUGUAUCUCCUCAGCUUCAUACUCCAUUUUGCUAAAUGGUGAGGCCCAAACCCCCUUCAAGCCUUCGAGAGGUUUAAGGCAGGGGGAUCCUUUAUCUCCCUACCUUUUUAUCCUCUGUGGUGAAGCUCUCUCAGCCAUGAUUCAGAAGGCUGAUCUCAUUGGCAGCAUCUCGAGUGUUCCCAUGGGUAAAGGCCCCCAAAGGGUCAGCCACCUUUUCUUUGCUGAUGACAGCUUAAUUUUUUGUAAAUCUAACUCUCUUGAGUGGAGUAAUUUGAUGAGAAUCCUUAGCAUCUAUGAAAAUGCUUCUGGGCAGGUUCUUAAUAAGGAAAAGUCUUCUAUCUUCUUCAGCAAGAACACUCCUCUUGAAAACCAGAAAAUCAUAUUGAGUAUUGCAGGGGUCAGAUCCUCAUGCUCGUUUGAAAAAUACCUGGGCCUCCCCUCCAUGGUUGGCAGAGCCAAAACAGCUGCCUUUCAUAACCUUAUUGACAAAGCUUGGGCAAAGAUUACAAAUUGGAAGACAACUUGCCUCUCAGCAGCAGGUAAAGAAAUUUUACUCAAGUCAGUGUUGCAGGCCAUUCCCACUUAUGCUAUGGGCAUUUUUCGCCUCCCCCAAUCCAUCACCAAAAGGCUGGACCAACUAUGCAGAAAGUUCUGGUGGGGUUCUACUGAGGGGCAAUCCAAAAUUCAAUGGGUGAAAUGGAGUAGCUUGAGUAGAGGUAAAGGCCAAGGUGGUUUGGGUUUUCGAAGCUUCAGCAGUUUCAACCUUGCCCUCUUGGCAAAACAAGGAUGGAGCAUCCUCCACAACCCAAACUCACUUUCUGCCCAAAUUCUUAAGCAGAAAUACUUCCCUUCAUCAAACUUGUUAGAGGCCAAAGUGGGAAGUAGACCAUCUCUGGUCUGGAGGAGCAUGAUGGCAGGUCUGGAACUACUUAAAGAGGGCCUCAUCUGGAGAAUUGGAAAUGGCCAUAAAGUCAAGAUUUGGGAGGCUAGAUGGGUUCCAAAGAUUGCUUUACUCUCAUCCACACACAGGGACUCAAGGCUGGAACGGGUGGCAUAUCUAUUUAUCCCAGAUAAAAAACAAUGGAACGGUCCUUUACUUCAAAGCUUAUUCUCCCAGCAGGAGAUUGAGCUCAUCAAUUCUAUCCCUAUCAGCUUGGGAAAUAGAGAGGAUAAAUUAGCUUGGGAGGGAACCAGAAAUGGCCUUUUCUCUGUAAGGAGUGCCUAUCAUCUACGUCGAGAAAUCCUGGAAAGACAAGUAGCAGGACCCUCGAGAGUUCAUGUACUCAGUAGCACAUGGAAAUCCUUGUGGCAAUUGCAGGUUCCCAAUGCUGUUAGAAUGUUCCUUUGGAGGGCUUGUAACGAAGCUAUUCCCACUUUUGCAAACCUGAAGCAGAGAAAAUUGAGAGAGUGCAAUUUAUGCCCAAUCUGUCAACUAGAAGAGGAAACAACAGGUCAUGUUUUAUGGGGCUGUAGUGCUGCUCAAGAUGUAUGGGGCCAAGUCAGUAUCAAGGUAAUGAAAAUGGCAAUGCAACAUGAUUUGUUUCGAGAAGUAUGGGACCAGCUAAGUGAAAAACUACCAAAAGCAGAACUUCAGGUGGCAGGCUCAAUUACAAGACUUCUAUGGCACAGAAGAAAUGAGGUAGUGCACGGCAAGGAAUUAAGACACCCUAACUCUAUCCUCCAUAAGGCCUAUGAAGACACAAGACUGUUCAAAGUUGCAAAGAACCAGGUUAAUCCUCUUGGGGUGAAUCUCUGCCCUGAAGAUAAGCUUUCUUGGAAAAAGCCUCCUGAUGGCAAGUACAAAAUUAACUGGGAUGCUGCUAUAAAUGUGUCUUUGGGUGUGCUAGGAAUCGGUGCCAUUAUCAGAGACAGUCAAGGCAUGGUCUUAGGUACUAUCAGAGCAAGAAGAUUUAUAAGUGUCUCCCCGUUUAAAGCCGAAGCUUAUGCAAUGCUGAUGGCUAUCAUCUUUUGCAAGGAUACGGGAUUUACUAAUAUAGUGCUUGAAGGGGAUUCACUACAGGUAGUCAAACAGAUGCAAAAGCCUGUCAAGGAUUGGAGCCAGGGUGGUCUUAUAAUCGAAGAUGCCAAAGCUAUAUUGAAGUCCUUACCUGGCUGGAGCAUUGGUCACAUAAGAAGGGAAGCUAACAUGGCAGCUCACGUGCUGGCCAAAGAUGCCCUCAAUAGUGUUGAAGAUUUGGUCCACAAAAAGCUUAAGCACUUCACAGAUGAAGUUCUCGACUGA